AGUGGCUCGAGGGACCGCGGUGGGGGCCAGCGGGCAGCGGCCGCCCGUCGUCGGGCGCUGCGUGGUUGGGGGGGGGCGCCCAAGUCCGAAUGGCACCGGCCGCGCCCCCGUCGGACGCGGCUGGGGCCACGGCACGGCGCCGGAGGUCCCCCGCGCGGGCGGCGGGAGCCUGCCGAUGGCGGCGGACGGCGGCGAGGGCGCGCUGCUGCCCUACGUGCCGGACACGCUGCAGGUCCCCGAGCUGGCCGUGCUGAACGUGGUGAAGCCUCCGCUGCCGGUGCUCGGGCACCGCAAGGAGGUGGUGCGGAGCGUGCGCGAGAACAAGGUGACAAUCCUCUCGGGGGAGACGGGCAGCGGGAAGUCCACGCAGGUGCCCCAGUUCCUGCUCGAGGAGGCCGACCUCGUGCCGGAGGGGAUGCGCAUCGUCGUGACGCAGCCGCGGCGCAUCGCUUGCAUCACGCUGGCGGAGCGCGUCGCGCAUGAGCGCGGCGAGGUCCAAUGCCGCGCGGUGACGGACCGCGCUGGGAGGUCAUCGGGGAUGCCGAGGUCACCACGCUGUCUGUCACCACACGGUUCUGCGGGCCCGCAGGUGGGAUACCAGAUCCGCUUUGUGAACAACACUUCGCCCUCGACGCGCCUGGUCUUCUGCACGACCGCGGUGCUGCUGCGGCAGCUGCACUCCGACCCGUGCUUCGACAGCGUCGCCGUGCUCUGCGUGGACGAGGUGCACGAGCGGGACGUCCAGACGGAGUUCCUGCUGACCGCCGUGCGCGAGCGGCUGCGCCAGGGGGAGAUGUCGUUGAGGCUGGUCCUGAUGAGCGCCACGCUCCAGACGGACACCUUCGUGAGCUUCUUCGAGGGCCUCAGGGGCUCCUGGCUUGGCAGCCUGCCGCCCGACCCCGACCCGAGGUCGUGCAUCACGGUGGAGGGCCGGAUGUUCCCGGUGAAGGAGCUCUUCUUGGAGGACGCGCUCGAGUGGACCGGCCACCGGCUCGUGGGCAGCGCGCACGCCAAGCCGAAGGCUGUCGACGCGGUGUUGAGCCGCCUGGCGGGCGCCAGGACACAGCGGGCUUACUCGCAGGAGACGCUCAGGUCGCUCGCGGUCUACAGCCCCAAGGAGGUGUACCUCGACUUGAUGGUAGAUCUGAUCCGCUUGUUCCACAAGACCUCCUCGCGGCUGGGCGACAAGAACAAGAGCGGCAUCUUGGUGUUCCUCCCUGGUUGGGCCGACAUCGCGUCUAUGCAGGCCAAGUUGCAUGGGGAACCCGGCCUCUGGACACUGCCGCUGCACUCCCAGAUUUCCCCUGAGCAGCAGCAGAGCGUGUUCCUUGAUCCUCCGGCGGGAUACCGCAAGGUAGUGCUGAGCACCAAUGUGGCGGAAACGUCUGUCACCAUCGACGAUAUCGUUUACGUGAUCAACAGUGGUGUCAUGAAGGAGAGCGUCUUCGACGCCGACCGGCAGUUAGGAGCCCUGGAGGUGACGCUCAACACGUGGGCGAACGCAACGCAGCGAGCAGGCCGCGUGGGGAGGACGCAGGAGGGAGUCGUUGUGCACAUCUUCCCCCGCUGGCUGAUGAAGGAGCUGACGAAGUGGCCAGUCCCCGAGAUGCUCAGCAAGUCGUUGGAGGAGGUGGUGCUGCAGCUGAUCGCCCUCGGGCUCGGGGACCCGCACGACGUGCUGGCGAAGUCGCUGUCCCAGCCCUCGGUGGAGGCCAUCGAGCACGCGGUGUGGCUCCUGCAGGAGAUGGGCAUGGUCCAGGACAGGCAGGGCCUCCGAGCCGGGGACGCCCUGCUGCCCCUGGGGCGGUGGCUGGCGCCCAUCCCGCUGCACCCGAUGUCCGCCAAGGCGCUGCUCUACGCCUCCCUGUUCGGGGUCCUGCUGCCCGUGGCCGCCAUGGUCGCCUUCCUGAACCUGAAGAGCCCCUUCCCGCAGCUGGACAGCGGCGACAAGGUGAGGGGAGGCUCCAAGGCUGCGUUCUGCCGUGGCCGCGCCUCCGACCACUUCGCCACGGCCGCGGUGUACCUGGACUGGCGGGCGCAGGCGGCCGCGGGGGUGGGCGACGCCUUCGUCGAAGAGCACGGCCUCAGCCACGAGACACUGGAGAUGGGGGACCAACUCGUCAAGUCUCUCCUGCGGCUGAUGACAGAGGAGUAUGAGUACGAUGGCGACGAUGCGUGCUUCGCAGACGAUGCCGACACGGGCACCUGGACCAGCGAGGCGGUGUUCGACGACCCCAGGACGUGGACGCUCUGCAAGGCCGCCCUGUGCGCUGGCUUCUCCCCGCUCUUCGCCCGCUGCGGCGCGGGGAGGUUUGAGUCGAACUGCAACGAGGACCUCCACGGUCACAGCUCCAGCGUCAACGCCGGCUACCGCCCGGUGGGCAACCCCUACACGUCCAGCUCCAGCCUGGACGACUGGGUGGUGUACACCGACAUGAUGAAGCUGGGCCGCGUGAGCAUCCUGGAGAGCACCGCGGUGAGCGCGAGCUACCCGCUGCUCUUCUCCCGGGUGCUGAGGCCGACCUCGGACGCCAAGCAGCCGGGCCAGAUCGACUUCGACGGCUGGCGCGGCAACCUGAGCGGAGGCGAUCAGGCGCUCGCGGCCCUUCAGCGCGCGCGGCGCUGGCUGUCCGACCAAGUGGAGCGAGCUCUUGAGACCCAGAGUGCUGGGAGGCUUCCAGAGUCGCACCUGAAUCGCAUAGCCGCCACGCUGGGACACAGGAGCCUCGCUGUCAAAGGUGUGCGCGGAACCAAGCAGCUGCGCAUCGGCGCCAAGGAGGCGUCGACCAUCUGGCUGGGCAACCUGCCCGACGAGGUCGACCAGGAGGACGUCGAGGCGCUGUUUGCGACCUGUGGCGCAGUCUAUGAAGUCAGCCUGCCCACGGACCGCGAGACUGGCAGGAGGAGAGGUUUCGGCUACGUGACAAUGAAAAGCCGGGAGGAAGCGCAGUGCGCUUUCCAGGAGCUGAACGGAGUGCAGAUGCAGAAUAGGCGCCUUCGCCUCGAGUUGAAGGGUAUCCAGGGCACCGCGAUCGGGCAUACGUCUAAAUGGGGCCGCGCCGCAGCGAAGGUGGAUGUUGUUUGCGGAGAGCAGCAGCCUAGGAAUAGGUGGAUACAGCCUCCGACGAAGCAGGAUGUCAACGAGAUCCGCAGCACCUUCCGCGUCAUGGCCGAACAGAAGUCAUCGCGCUUAUCCUACAGGACGCGGCGUCAGCCGACCGAAGCGUCGGGCAGAGGUGCCCUUGCAGGACGUGCCGGAGAACGCAGAGCGAGGCGACGCGGCGGCGGACGCGCCAGGGCCGGUCGAUAUGGAAGACCCGGCAGCAGCGGCAGAGCCGCCCCAGGCGCCAGGAACGACAGCAGCAGCCGUGCAGCCGCCCAGCGCACAUUGGAGCCCCACGUUGAGGCGGUGCGCAACAGCGCCGGCGCUGGGCGCGGCCGUCCCGGAGCUGGUGGAGAAUGGAAGGUCUCGGAUCCCGGCGCCCGGCGAGGGCCCCUGUACUUGAGGCCGAAGGUUGCGAAGAAGCGCCGCCUCGAUUUCAGUGCGCUGGCUCUCUGGCUCCCGAGGAGGCGGACGGCGGCAGCGCCUCCACACUGGAGCAGCGGGCCUGGGCCGGCGCCGUGGCCACGGCGCGCGGGGCCGCGUCCCCCGAGGAGCGCGCGGUGGUGCAGGAGCUCGAGGCCCUGGCGGGGGCGGCGGGCGCUGCGGGCCCGGGGGCCGCGCACGUGGCGGCGAAAGCGGAGGCGCCCGACGAGGACGCCGCGCACGACGCCGGCCGCGCCCCGGCCGCGCUGGAGCCCGCGAGGGACCCGCCAGAGCUGGCGGAGGCAGGCGCCGCAGUCGAGGUGCGGCGGUGGACGGACGAAGUCAUUCGGAGAGCGGCGGCGCGAGACGCCGGCGCCGAGGACGGCCCAGGCGGCGGCAGCGUUUCCCAGCAGGCCCCCGGCGGCGGUGCCGCUCCGUCUCCGCGGGUGCGGUCCCGCAGCGCCUCGCCCGUGGGCGGACCUUGCCGCGAGGCGCCCCCAGACGAGGCGGCGCUCGAGAACGCGUGGCGCACGCCGGGCCUCCAGGAGGGCGGCAGCGGCGCGGGCGCCGCCGCGGCGCCGCCGGGAGCAGCCGGCGCACCGCGCGGCCACGGGCUCACGGCCGAGCGGCUCGCCGCGAUGUCCAAGCAGGAGCUCUGGCAGCACGCCUGGAGCACCACCUGGCAGCGCUUCCAUGCGCUCGGGCGCUCGGGCGAUCAGGCCGCGGUGGCGGCGUCGGCCAAGGAGGCCUGGAAGGCCUGGCUCGCCGAGAGGGCGGGCCCACUCGCCCCGGCGGCGCCGCCGCCAGCGCGGCCCGCGCCGGAGGCCCCGGAGGGCGCCAGGGCGGAGGGGCCCGGCAGCGAGCUGUGCGAGGUGCUGAAGCGUGCGUGCCUCUCGGGCCCCUCUCGCUGGACCAGGUGCUCGCCGCGUGCCCGCCUGGCACCGAGGCCGGGGUGGCGAUCGCCGCCAUGGCGUCGGAGCCGCAGGCCUUUCGGCAGAGCUGGGACGGCACCGAGUUCUGCGUUCUCCCUGGGCUGUCGAGGUGUAAGGAUUGGCUCCCCGUCAAGGCGGCGAGCGCGCCCCCAGGCGCGGGCACGAGCGCGUUGGCCGGUAUGAGCAAAAUGGCCGUGCUCUCGCGCGGCAGGCUGCAGGUCCCCGCGCGGUGUGGUGAGUGUUUUUUCCGUCGAGCGGAGCAGCCUGAGGUGAGCCCCCCAUCUUCUCCACAUGAGCGACGACAUAAUCGAG